AUGUUGACGCAAGCCAUUUAUAUAAAAUUGGAAAAGAGACUUUCUAGUGUUGCUUUAGGUAAUGGACAUCAUGUGCUUGAAGAGAUGCUUCCCCUUGCCAUGUUAUUUUCAAAUCCAAUCCUGGGUUCCGUCCAUUCCAACCCCAUCUCCGAAAAGUACUGCUGUAUGAUCAUGAGAAUCAACGUUGACUGCAAUGCUUGUUGCAGAAAAUUAAGGAGAAUCAUUCUGAGGAUGAAAGUUAUAGAAACACAUUUGAUAGAGAAGCAGCAACGCAGAGUGUGUGUAUGUGGGAGAUUUGUACCAGCAGAUGUUGCAAUAAAGAUAAAGAAGAAAUUGAACCGUAGGGUUGAAAUCCUUGAAGUUCAGGAAUUUGAAGGCGAGGUACAAGAUGAACCACCAUAA